UAUUUGCUGCUUAAUUANGCUACAAUUGCUUCUUUGGGAGCUUUGAGCGGUUGGCUUUGUAGCUCAGAUCAAGACCAUAACUCCAGUUCCUUUGAAAUGGCAAACGGGAAGUCCAUGUGGGAUUACUCUGCUCAGGAACCAAGUUUUGGCAAUUUCUUUCAUCAGGCAAUGGUUUGCGAUUCUGAAUUGCUUGGUAGAAUAGUGAUUGAGAAGUGUAGCGGAGUGUUUGAAGGGUUGAAGUCAUUGGUUGAUGUUGGUGGUGGCACAGGCGUUAUGGCCAACGCUAUUGCAGAGGCCUUCCCGCACAUCACUUGCUCUGUAUUUGAUCUCCCACAAGUGGUUUCCAACCAGCAACGAACUGCAAAAAACUUGAGCUUUAUUGGAGGAGACAUGCUUGAAUCAAAAAUCCCUCCCGCAAAUGCUGUUAUGCUCAAGUGGAUAUUACACAAUUGGGAUGAUGAACAAAGCAUUAAGAUAUUGAAGAAGUGUAAAGAUGCAAUUCCAAGCAGAGCUGAAGGUGGAAAAUUGAUCAUCAUAGACAUGGUGUUGGACAACGAAGUAGAGGACAGGGAGUCCACUGAAACUCAACUGUUCUUUGAUGUUUUGAUGAUGUCCGAUCUAAACGGCAUGGAGAGAAACGAGAGAGAAUGGAAGAAUCUGUUUAUGGAAGCAGGUUUCAGUGAUUACACCAUAGUUUCUAAGUUGGGUUUAAGGUCACUUAUUGAGGUGUACCCUUAACUCAAAAGUGUUGUUAUUUGCUGCUUAAUUAUGCUUCUUCUUGUUGUGGGUUCGUAGAACUUGUGGUGUUGGUUUCAGAAAACCAGAAACAAACCAUAAUAAAGGCUUCUAUAAUAAAGUUGUUAUAUUACUGAUAGAAAA